UCAGGUGUAUUAAAUCAAUCAAUGGCUUUAUUAUAUGGUGCAAGAACUGUAGUUCCAGUAGAUCUGAAGAAGCAGCCAUGGGAACAGAAGCUUCCCCUUCACAACCGGUGGCACCCGGACAUACCACAUGUCGCAGAAGCGAAGAUUGGAGAGGUUUUCAGGGUAUAAAUGGUAGAUUUUACUGGAGGUGGUAUAAAAAAUGACUCCUCUUCUGAGGACAUCAAGCAUGCUGAUCUUUCUGUUGUACAUUACCUAAGUGGGCCAAUCAAGAUUUUAGAUGAAUAUGGGGUUCCGGCCAAACCAAGUGAUCUUCUCGUGGUGGAGAUAUGCAACCUAGGUCCUCUGCCUGGAGAUGAGUGGGGUUACACUGCAACAUUUGAUAGAGAAAAUAGGGGUGGGUUUUUGACUGAUCAUUUCCCUUGUGCUACUAAGGCUAUAUGAUAUUUUGAAGGGAUAUACGCAUACUCAC